GAGGGCGUUACUAAGCAACAAAACAGCCUAACAAACCUUUAGACCGUCGAUUACGCUUGGAAAAUACAUGAAUAAUAUUAAAUUAGCUUUUUAAAAGUAUAAAUCAAAUUGACGGAUUAUUUCAGUUCUUUUCAUCAUCGCGCUCAAUUGAUUAUUUAUUUGUUUUAGCUUUUAAAAUUUUUUUUAUUUUGAAAUGGCAGUCAAAAAGAAGGAAGCAACUUUACAGGUGUCUAUCACAAAUCAAAAACAAUGGGAGAAAAUGCUGGCCACCAAAGGAUUGACAGUUGUGGAUGUUUACCAAAAGUGGUGUGGCCCCUGUAAACCUAUUGUCAAACACCUGAGAAAAGUUAAGAACGAGCUGGGUGAUGUCUUACUGCAUUUUGCCACCGCUGAGGCAGACAGCAUUGAAGAUUUGAAAAUGUUCCGGGGAAAAUGUAUUCCCACCUUCCUGUUUUAUGCAGACGGGAUGCUGGUGGGUGUGCUGCAAAGAGCUAAUCCUCCAUUGCUUCAGAGAACGAUUGUGAAACAGCUGGCAAAGGAGAAACAAAGCCUGAACGAAGGUGGUCAACACAAACCGAUAAAACCUUUUUGCAUUUCGGAUGAUGAAAAUGAAGAUGGGAAGUUGGGAAAUAAACAAGUCAUGUCUGGUACAGUACAAAGACUUAAAUAUGUUCCCGCUGGUAAAUCUUACACAGUUGCCAUCAUUAAACCAGAUGCAGUUUCACACAGAAAGACAAAUGAGAUCAUUAUGAAGAUUCAAGAGUCUGGAUUUGAGAUCCUCGCACACAAGAAGCAUAAACUGACUGAGGCUGAGGCUCGGAGGUUUUACCAACACAAAGCAGAAGAGCCUUGCUUUCAGGACCUGGUUCAGUUCAUGUCCAGCGGUCACUGCCAUAUUUUGGUGCUAUCUCAUACCGACAGCUCAGUCAGUGUUUUACCAGCAUGGCUUGAGUUUAUGGGCCCAACAGACGUAAGCGAAGCCAGAAGAGCAAAGCCAGAAUGCUUGCGGGCACAGUACGGCACAGAGACACUGCACAACGCGGUUCAUGGCAGUGAGGACAGCAACCACGCCAGCAGGGAGCUUGCCUUCUUCUUUCCCAACUUUAGGGUGGAGCAGGAUGGGGAGGAAGAGCGUGUGGAGAGGACACUGGCUCUCAUCCGGCCCGGCCUUGCCAGGGAGAACAGAGAGGAGAUUUUGGCUCGGAUUCACAAAGCCGGCUUCACAGUCUCUCUUCAAAGAGAGGUAAUGCUGACCGAGGAGCAGGUCAGACUCCUGUACUUCCAACAUAUUAAUGAGGACUAUUUUCCAGCUCUGCUGCAAAGCAUGACCAGUGGUCCAGUAGCAGCCAUGGUUCUUGCUGGAAAAGAGGCUGUCCAUCACUGGAAGAACAUCAUUGGUCCCUCUGACCUUGAUAAAGCCAAAGCGGAGAAUCCUGAGUGUCUCAGGGCCCAGUUUCCUGUGGAGAAUGAGCCCAUCAGCCACAUUCAUGGCAGUGAGGACCAGGAAGCAGCAGAGCGAGAGAUCAGCUUCUUCUUUCCCAAGCAGAACACCCUGGCAGUGAUCAAACACGAAGCAAUGGAGCAACACAGAGAAACCAUUUUGGAGGAGAUCCGUGACAGAGGUUUCUCUGUGACACAGCAGAAGGAGAUGGUGCUGUCCAGAGAGCUGGCUGAGGAGCUUUACAAAGAGCACAAGGAGAAGCCUUUCUUCACCAAGCUGGUGGAUUAUAUUUGUCAGGGACACUGUUUGAUGCUUGUUCUGACCAAAGAAAAUGCUGUAGAGGAAUGGAGGGUCAUGAUGGGCCCCUCUGACCCAGCAAAGGCUAAAGAGACAUCCACGGAGUCCCUGAGGGCUCGUUUUGGUUCUGACAUCCUCCAGAACUCGGUUCAUGGCUCCUCCAAUGUGCAGCAUGCAGAGGAGGAGAUCCAGCUCAUCUUUGGUGACAUCAGCAACGAAGAAGAGCUGAGCAACACUGAGACAAACUAAACCAUUGCAGAUCAACCUAA